AUGAUCGUCCAGCACCAGCAGCAACAGCAGCAGCAGUGCAUACGCACCAGCGCGGGACACGGGCAGCCUCACCUACAUGAUCAUAACCCAUCAGAGUUCGGUGGGACCCAGUACGCGACAACCGUCGCGACUAUCGAUGAUGAGCCGAAGAACAAAGAAGCACAAUUUAUUUGUAAUUAUAGUUCAGCAGCUGCCUUGCCCACCCUUGGCCACGGUCUUUUGCCUCUGCGUGUCGCAGCGGCAAACUUCCUGUGCCUAGCCUACCCACGUCCCCGCAUCGACGCAUCUCGUCGGAGGGUCUCCAAGCAUCGCUACAUGAACAACACCAUCAGCUGGCUGUUGCUAUCGCGAAACUCAACCGGGACGGUGCUACAGCAAACGCUCUGGAACACGGCCGGGAUUCAAAUGAACUCGGAUCUGAUUACGGCCGUUGAAACGGCCGACCACGGGGUGUUUAAUGUGUUCGAUAUCUAUUCGAAGGGGCGCCAUCUCUGCAAAGAUAUCUACCAAACGUUGCUGGGCAGGUGGAGCAAUGAAAGUGGCGUGCAGGUGACGGCCAACUAUAGCGCGUACCGGAUUCGGCAAAAUUUCAACUUCCUGCAACUUCGUGGAGUUACCGUGAUCGAUCAAGCAAAUGUUACAUCCGAGCAGGUCGAUCGUUUGCUGAGCGAACCCGGCCUUACCAAGGGUGUAGUGGCCUUCGUCAAGUAUCAUUACGCGCUGCUAGUUGUCUUGAGAGAUUUUCACAAUUUUACCAUCAAAUACCGUCCAACACGUGGCUGGGCAGGUCGACUACGGUCGGGCUACCGGCUAGGGCUGCUGGGAGUAGUGCAGCGUCACGAAACAGACGUAGCCGCCACCGGUAUCAUCAUGCGAUUGAGCCGUCAGCCGGAACUGGACACGAUCCACUACAGCUGGGCGUUUGAAACUGGUUUCAUCUACAAAAUCACACCGGACAUCGGGAGCAAAUCGGAAGGAAACGGUUUCGUUGCUCCAUUUUCGCCAUCUGUUUGGGUUGCCUUUCUGCUAUCGCUCGCACUGUCGGUGGUGGUGCUCAAGUAUCUGGCCCUGCUUUCCGCACGUUGCCUGCACCACCGGCAUACGCGGGCUGCCACGAUGGCGUACGUGCUGGACGUGAUGUCGUGCGUCGCCCAGCAAGGUGUGCCGAACGUAUCGCGGCUGGUGCCGUCGCGAGUCGCCGUCAUAGUGCUGCUGGUCGCUAAUUUGGUGCUGUACAACUACUACACCUCCACGGUGGUCAGCGGGCUGCUGAGUUCAAAGAUGAUUGGCCCGGAAAGCAUCCCGCAAGUGAUCGACAGUCCGCUCAAACUGUCCCUGACAGAUACGGGCUAUCAUCGUAUACUGCUCAGGGAACAAACGCUGCCGUACAGCACACGCAUGCAUGAGCGGAAAGCUUUACCGCCACGAUCGCCGGACGAUUUGCCGCUGUUUACGGAUGUUGAACAUGCGGUGCCCUACCUCCGACGCGGCGGACACGUGCUGCACUGCGAGCUGACAGAAGUUUAUCCCACGAUCGCCAAUCAGUUCACCGCCAAUGAAAUAUGCGAGCUGCGCACGGUGGAAGGAUUGUACAGGUAUGACAUACGUGUGAUGGGAUUCGUGCUGCCCAAGCACAGCAUGUACAGUGAGCUGUUCAAGAUCACCCUAAUGCGAGCACAGGAAACGGGCAUCGUAAAGCGGAUUUAUAGGAUCCACAAAAUAGCAAUGCCAAUCUGCCAAGGAAGUGCAACGGUUUACUCGGUGGAACUGGCGGAGGUUUUGCUAGCGUUCAUUAUAUUGGGAGUCGGUAUCACACUAUCGGGGUUAAUUUAUUUGGCGGAAAAACGAGAAAGCAUUCGGCGGCGCACAAUCGGACUCCGGAACCCGUUACGGCAGGAAUACUAA